GAUUGGCUGGGGAUUUGUUAACUAUUCAUGAGGGGGCGGGUCGAACCGGGCGGCCUUUGUUAACCAGAGGGCGCGGCCGCCGGGAUUUUCGCGGAGGGCUUCGCUGAGCGGUAUUUGGUUGCCAGAUUGGGGUCGCGAUGUCCUACAUCCCGGGCCAGCCGGUCACUGCCGUGGUGCAAAGAGUGGAAAUUCACAAGCUGCGUCAAGGUGAGAACUUAAUCCUGGGUUUCAGCAUUGGAGGUGGAAUUGAUCAGGAUCCCUCCCAGAAUCCUUUCUCGGAAGAUAAGACGGACAAGGGCAUUUACGUCACACGGGUAUCUGAAGGAGGCCCUGCUGAAAUUGCUGGGCUGCAGAUUGGAGACAAAAUCAUGCAGGUGAAUGGCUGGGACAUGACCAUGGUCACACACGACCAGGCCCGGAAACGUCUGACCAAGCGUUCGGAGGAGGUGGUGCGCCUGCUGGUGACGCGGCAGUCGCUGCAGAAGGCCGUGCAGCAGUCCAUGCUGUCCUAGCAGCCCGCCGGGUCCUGCCGUGUGCCUGCCCACCUCUGUACAGUGACACUACUUCUGCGCUGUCUGCCCCUCGUCCUGGCUGAGUGCUGGGCCCUGCUCAGAAGGGCAAGAGCUGGUCCCAGACGCCUGACUGGCCUUCUUCUCCUCUCCCACCGGUGGCCCGAGUCUCUGGGACCAGCUCUCCCUUGGACACUGAGGACUGGAAACAGCAGCCUGGAGCCCAGUCGUCAGUCUGUAGUGACCACAGGCUCGGCGCCCAGGCGAGCGGUGGGCCCCCUUCCUGAGAGCCACCACAAAGCUGGAAAAUGCCAGGUGGGGCCAGCCUUUCCCACACUCUGCCCUGACUGAGGGCUCGGCCCUGCCCUUGUCUCAGCUCCGAAGUGCCUGUGUCCAUGCUUUUCUGUGUUGCCCAGUGGGGACUUGACAUGCUGCCAGAGGCACUACGAAGGUUCGCCAGGAUGGAAGCCAGGCAGGCUCACAGCUCACCCAUUGCACCCCUACUCCCCCGAGGGGUGCUGGCCUCCCCAGGGUUCACCUGCUUACAGGAUUCAGACAGAGGUUCAAGGCUGACAUUUAGGGCAGUUCUCAGGAUUGCCAUUUUCCUCUAUGCCUGUGGGUUUAACUUUUGUAUUUUUUUAAUCACAACUUUGAUACAAAGCGUUUUUAUCUUACUAUUUGGAGAUGCCAAUUCUACUUUUGAAUUUAGCUUACUAACUGACAUCUGGGAACAACUCUUAGCAACUUUGGUCACUGAAGAAAUGGGGCAGUAUCAAGCUGCCCCACACCCGACAUCUUGUGCCCAAUAAACAGUGCAGAAAUUCA